AUGCCGUCCAAGUCUUCCGCCGCCGCACCGAGCUUCGAAUGGGUUAAGUACACGGUCUCGAACCCGCUCCCCGGCUGUCGAGAGGUUGUAGUCCUCGAUAAGAAGGGCGCGCCUAUCAAGUGGACACGCUAUGCCUCGACUUCCCUCGCAGCCAUCGUCCUUCCCUCCAAGGCGCCCGCUCCUGCCUCCAAGACCGUGUACGACCCCCGUCUGAAUGGUGACAUCCCGGUCGUGCGGGACCAGACCUACAGGAACCAGAUCGUCAAAGCGCUCGAGAAGGGUGAGAGGGUCCGCACGCGCGAGGAAGCGCUCGCGGCGUUUGCUAAGGAGGUCGGGCAGGCGGGAAGUGGACAGGUUGAGGAGGACGAGGAGGAGGACGAAGAGGACCAGCUUGACGGCUGUUCCGUCCGCGACGUCUCGCCCGAACUCGCCGCCGGCCCGUCGACGUUCCCGGUGCAGGAGGAAGAGGAGGAGGACUCGGUCAACGACGACUCGGACGAGGACGAGGACGAGGACGAGGCGCCGAAGCCCAAGAUUCGUUUCUCUCACAAACGCUACCUCAUCCCGGCCCCUCUUCCGAACGAACAGCCAGUCGUCGUCUACGACAAGUCUGGGAACAUCGUCACCGAGUACGCGUACUCGACGGACUUCGAAAAGAUCGUCUUGCCCCGCCACGUCCGAGGUCGCGACAAGAAACUCAAGAUGCCUGACGGGACUACGAGGAAGGUGAUGCGCUGGAAACUGUACAAGAGGAGGAUUGAAAGUGCAUCGGCUCCGCCCGGUCUUUCUGCGCCGUCGUUGCUGACGCUUCGAUGGGACGGUGCUGCAGAGAAGCUCAAAGCCGGCAAGCACGUUUCGACGGCCAAGGAGGCGCUUGCGAGGCUCAAGAAGGCCUCGUCGGACGAGAGCGAUGAUGAGUGA